GAAUAACGAUCAAAUUGGUAGCCUAAGCCGUAGGAGCGCGGUGCUCGAUCUGAAUGGCAGGGUGUCAGUAGGGUCGUGACGAACCGUUGCAUACCGGUGUAUAUCUGUCUUCAGCAACGCGCAAGGCGUCAAGUAGACUGCCCUUGUCUGGUGGCAACUUCUUAAGCGACACAAGACUCUCCGAUCAUGCCAGAGUUCGGGGUCGCCAGCUGGCUCCAGAGGCUUGCCAAACUGGCCAUCGGAGGGUCCGCCGAUACGGGUCAAUUGCCGUACGCGUCAAGUCCGACAUCUCAUUCGCAAGCCACUUGAAAACGGCCUGUUGAGGAGGACGUAUGGUAGGCUGAUGUUUCAGAUGGUCGGCCACGUAUACGGUAUACCCGGGGUCCGAAAGUGUCUUUCCAUAUCAGGCAUGCAAGCUACUCAACGCUUCCCUCUCAGUCGCGACUACUCUCGGUGUGAGCGGACGAAUCUGACGUUCUCUACCUAAAGUUGUCCACUAUAUUGGCAGAAACGAGCAUGGAUUUCCCGACAUGAAUGUCGAAUGGCAGCGCCAUCUGCUGCGCGAGGAUUCGACCCGGGGACGGGCCAUGACUCCGACAGCACGAACCUUCCAGCCUGCCGCUCGGAGUGUGUUGAUGGACGUCGUCUUCCGAGCCAGAUGACCUCAAGACGAUCAUCAUCCGACAAGGCCUUGGACUUAUGAGCCUGAUACUCACCAGGCCUUUUUUACUGGCGUCUCUUUGACGACAUUGUCUGGGGUUACGCCACCUUUGAUUGCGCAGGAUAUUCUUGAACUUCUCUGAGUGUCCUUUUGCCUGGUUUGUCAUGAAUCGUAGAUGGAGUAACUGUGCCCCUUCACGGCCAUGUCCGCUUGGCUGCCUAUGCUAGGCCGGUCCCUCCGAUGGUUCAAGAUCUCCACACGCAGGUAGAGCUCAGAUAUAAGCCUUAUCAAUCUGCGAGACACUCGCUUGCAUUCCUGCCCUGGGUCGACUCCUUCCUGUCCGUCUGGUUUUCCCUGUUGUCGAAGUACCAUGGCCCCCCUCGAUAUCACUAUGGGCUGCCUUCUCAUGGGCACGAUCACGGCUGGGGUGUUGUGGGGUAUAUCCUGCUCGCAGCUGUUCUACUACUACACCCGCUAUCACAAGGACCCGCUAAGCCUGAAGCUCCUCGUGGGUACCGUGUUCGUCUCUGAUUCGGUACAUCAGGCGGUGAUCAUCCAGAGUGUCUACGCCUACUUGGUCACGGACUACGGCGACCCGACUAAAUUGAUGCAUCCCAACACUGGACUCAUUAUUCAAGUCUUCUUCACCGCCCUCACUGGACUGCUUGUACAGAGCUUCUUUGUCCUUCGUAUAUGGCGAUUGAGCAACAAGAGAACUUAUCUCGUAAUCCCCGUGAUCUUUCUGGUGCUCGCGGAGUUUUCUGUCUCCGUAGCGUAUGCGGUCAAGGCUUUCUUCCUUCCAAGCUUCCUUCAUGUCAACAGGAUACGCGGCCUGUCGAUAUGCAUGAACGCAUUUGCAGCUGCGGGGGACGUCGCUAUCGCGGGCUGUCUUUGUACUAUUUUGCACUUAUCCAGGACGGAGUUUUCCAAGUCGAACGCACUCAUUAACAAAUUGAUGGUGUUCGCGGUCAAUACCGGGUUGUUGACGAGCAUUUGUGCGGUCACUUCUUUAAUCACAUUCUUUGCCGUGCCGAAUUCGUUCGUUUACAUCACGUUCUACUACCUCAUCGGUCGUCUGUACAACAACUCCCUGCUAGCGACACUGAAUGCCCGUAGAAGUCUCCGAGAGGGCACAUCGAGCGGAGAUAUUUCGUUGUCGCUCAGGGAUGGGCAGGCUCAUAGUCCUGCCAGUGCCUACCCGGUUCCGCAUUCGCAGCGCGGCCAGAAUGGUAUCACGGUCCGAAUCGACACGAGGAAGGAUACUCAGCAUGACUACGCAGCGGAGUACGAGAUGUCGCCCAGCAAGCAUCCCUUAGAUUCCGUAUAGUGUCUUGCCUCCAGCGGCUGGGAUCGCAUAGGCACACUGCCAUAGUAGUAGACAUCAUAUCGUGCUAUGCAUCUAAUUUCCUCUCGCGCUCACCGCCGCGUGUCAGUUUUGGUGUGGAAUCAAGCGUGUUGGGAAAUUUUGUAUGACUGGCAGUCCUGA